AAGAAGAGGAAGAGGAAGGCGCCGAACAGAUGUAAACACGGUCCUGUCAUGAGUGCUUGAGUGGCUGUCUAUUACGCCCGUUUGGUCCUCGCGGGAGGCUGUUCGUCGGUGAAAAUGGAGGAGAAAGACAGAGAUCCAGUUGCUCUCCAUGUCAUCGUUGUGGGGUUUCAUCAUAAGAAGGGGAUGCAGGUUGACUAUGCCUACCCACCCUUGUCUGAAAAUGAUGAGUGUGAGCUGCCAGACCAAUGGCAUCACCUGCCCUCCCUCUGUCUCCCUGAUGGCGCCCACAACCAUGAGGCGGACACAAUCUUCUUCCACCUGCCACACCUCACCAAGCCAGAUCAAACAGUAUUUGGAAUAUCUUGCUACAGACAAAUAGAUGCUGAGAAAAUCACUAACAAGAGUGCAGAUAUUACUCGAAACACUGUCCAGAAAUCUGUGUGUGUUCUGAGUACACUUCCUAUCUAUGGUUACAUACAGGAACGUCUGCAAGUUACAACGAAAGUGUAUUUUAAGGGAGCAGACUUCUCAGAUGUGCAGGACCUAAAGGGACUUUAUCAUGAUCUCAACACUACAAACUGGAGGGAUAAACUUUCCCAUGUUGAUCAUGAGGACAAGUAUGGUGUGUUUGUGUCUGAUGCCGUGCGGGUGUUUGGCCGCAACAUUCUGGUCCUCUUCAAACUGGUACUACUGGAGCGACGGGUGCUCUUCUACCACAGUCCGGUGGGUCCGCUGGUCCGCACCAUCACCUCCCUCAUGGCCCUCUUCCCAGAUAACUUUCCCAAUGGCUUGGCUCAUGCUGCUUCAAUGAGGUCACGAGGUCUUCUAGGCCUAGCCCCACUACUGCCCAACCCAGAUGAAGCAGAUUAUAAGGAUGUGUGUUAUGCUGAAGAUGCUCUCACAGCUGGGGUUGGCAGUAACGAAGCGGAGUGUACCGCAGAAGAAUUAGAAGCAAAUGAAACUGACAAAUUUGAUGCACCUGUUGAAGAUGACAGUGGCACAAUACAAAUAACAGACAUUGCAAAGGAAGCAGACCCCAAUGAAGAUAACUUACUGUUGGAAUGUGAUAAGUUGACAGAAGAGUCAGAACCAAGCAAAAUCAUCAAUGUUACAAAUGAAGACAGUAUUCACAGUGCUGAGCUUAGUGCUGAGACCAUUGAUUCUGCUGAUUCAGCUUUGUCACCAAGCGACGACCUCAGUGAAAGACGCAGCAGUAACUCAAGUCUUACUUCGGUCACCUCCCGCGGCUCUAUCAUGUCCCCUCCGGAGUUUAAUGGAGCAGCUGCUAACAGCACAACAACAAACAUCACCACCAAAAUGGUCAACCUGAAGGGCAGACUAAGUGGAGCAUUCAGUUACUGGACAGGAAGGGAAAAGUCUCCAACACAAGAAAAGCCAUCUGCAACAGCUACUCCAAACCCAUCACCAAGCGAACCAGGAGAUGAUGUUCCUCUCUCCCCCACUACUGGAGGCUCACUUUCCCAAGAUAUCACGGAAAUUGAAGUAGACGCUGCUAGUAUCCCUUGUCAGUCUCCUCCUGAGAAGUUUGCUGCACUUAUGCCAUCAGAUUGUGGCCUACCUCUUGAAAUCUUCACAAAAGGAAACUUGCUUCAUCCCUACCUCUCAUUGCAAUACCUAGAUGUCUUGAGUGCUCCAACAACUCGAGCAUUUGUUGUAGGAGCUUCAAACACACUGUUCCUCCACAAACGGCCCCUGUAUGAUGUUCUUGUUCAACUAGAAGAGGGAAAGAUAGAGAUUCCAGACCCUGAACUGAAGCGACAGCUUAGUCUGUCCACAGAAGAUCUUCGUUUUGCAGAAAACAUUGUUCGUCAGGUUGAGGCUGUUUGUGUAUCCUUGAAUGGAAACAAAGCCCCAAAUGGCACCCAUCCUGCCAUUAACCAUCCAGACGUGUUCCUUGAGGGAGUGGGAUGGGUUGGUGGAGAAGAAUGGCUCCGCUACCAGUUCAAAGUUUACCUUCUUUCUCUUCUGCGGUCAUCCGUGUGUCCAGAGGGAAGCAGAGAGUAUGAAGUGUUCAACGGACACUUCAUGACUGCGUGGAAAGGGUCUCACAACUUCCGUGUGUGGGUGGCAUCUGGUCCCUACCCUUCCCUCAUGGAACUAACAGCAGGGCACCCUCAUGCUGGGCACCUCUCAAUGACAGACAUGAGGAUAAGACUUUCACACACCAUACAGGGUCUUGACAAGAGCCGUCGCAUAAAUCAAACACUUGCCACAACUGGGACAGCUGUGGUUAAAACAAAGGAAGCUGUAGGGGGUGCUCUGACCUCUGCACGUGGGGCUAUCAGCAAUUUGUGGUCAUCCUUCACGACUACCAACCAAAGCACAGGUACCACUGAUUCUUCAUUAGCAGACUCAGCCAUGGAAGCCACUGAAACACAGUCCACUGAUAUGCAAGAACAAGAGAAUGCAGUGACAGCAACAGGAGACAAAAACAAAUCUGUGGAUGAGAACAAGUGUGAGGAAGAGCAAGAUAACCCAAAAGUGGAGUCCAUACCCACAGAGUAAACAUUAAUCAGUUUGUUGAAGCACAAUUCUCAUAGAUUUAAUUUUUGUCUACACAACUUAUAAGGUAAGGAUAAUCUCAGUCAAAAAAGGUGUGUAUAUUACUACAUGGAAUCCAUUAUUUAAUCUCAAGAGUAAUAUUGUAUAUACCGCAGAAAACAACAAGGCAAAAUAUAAUACAUUGUAUAUAUUGGUGAUUGCCAGAGAUUUGUAUAAUAAAAGAAAGGGUUCACUGGCUUAAUAAUUCAGCCAUUUUUAUAUUAUCAAUGUAAAAAAGAUACAUGGGGAAUAGGCUAUAAGCCUUGAAUUUUGUUGAUGCUUAAUGUUUGAUGACAAUGUUAUUUAACCCUUAAACAAUAGCCAUUGCUCACUUAAUCAAACCCUCCAAGGUCCACUCAGUCAGACAUCGUUUAUUUAAUCAGACUCUUAUGCGCCACACAUUUUCAGUGUUCUGCUUAUAUUUCACGGGUUCUAUGACUUGUCCUACAGCAUGACAACAUAUCUGACCCUCAUGGGUGUGAGAUAUUGUCAUUAAUUCUAACUGAGCUGCUGUGAAAGCCACACCAAGCACUUCUUGAGAAGGGAAUCACAUUGACAAAUUAGGAGGAAAAGACAGGACAGAAAGUGAAGAUUAUUCUGUAUACAAUAACAGCAGUGACUGGUUAAAGUAAUGUAGAGAGUGAUGAUGUCACUUCACCACCUGCUGCACUCUUAUUAUCCCAGUGAAGGCUUCUGUCACAAGGGGGUUAAGAAAAGUAUGCAUCAGGCAGGUGUUUGGGAUUAAAUGUGUGGUCACCAUGUUCUCAUUCUCUUCAUUCCUCACCACCACCCUUCCUCCCCUAGUUCUUCACAGCACAAUUCCUCACUACAGCAUCCUUCCUCAUCCAAUUCUUCACCACUCCACCCUUCCUCACCUUCCCACAAUCAUCCUGCACCAGUUUUUCAUACCUCUUCACCAAUCCUGUUUCCCCACCUGCUUUAUAUCUACCACUCACACACAUCCUGCCUUCAUCCCCUCAUCAUUCACUCUCAUCACUUUUGCCUGGACUUUCAUCUCACAAUGCCUUUAAAACAUUUCACCAUCCCCAUUCACCUUUGAGGAGGACUAAAGGUAAAUAAAGUAUAUCUUAUCUUAAUUAUUUCUGAAAAUAUAAUUCAUGUUACGUGUAUUGACAUUCAGUCAUGAAAAGAAGAAAGAGAAAAUGCGGAGAAAAUGUUCUUUUUUUGUAUGUGUGUGUGUGGGGUGGGGGGGGCUGCCUAUAACUCACAUAAGCUCUCUUGAGGGGUCUCUUGGAUGACCCCAGCUCGUUAGUGGGGCAGGCAAAUUUUAUUUUUUGGCUGCCUUGAUGUAUGACUUGCUUGGCCUGUGCCUCCCCAAAGUGCUUCACUUGAACGAAAUCGCUGAAAUUAGGGUUGAUUGAAGAUAUGGGCAGCAUGUAGGUAAUCUUCUGCAACUCGGUGAUAGCAGAAAAUUGUCAGCACCCUUUGGUGGAACUCAGACCUAGGUCCUUGAGCUCACCACACCUGCAUGCUGACUACUCGGCCACUGCCUCAGUGUAGACUUCAGUGCUCCUGUCUGCUUGGUGUACCAUUUCAUGUCAGCAGCUCACACCCUAGCUAUAUUUCACACCGUUUAGUAUAACUAGUACACAAUAUACCAUACUUUGGGUUUCAUCACUGUGUUUAGUGAGUUAAGAUGCUUCAUAUAGGUUAGAACUCAAGAUAAACCAAAAAAUAUUAUCAGAUGUUUUUACAUUGUUUCAAGAGCAAUACCUGUCAUUUAAGGGUUAACAUCACAAUUAGCUAUUAAAUAAUUUAAUGGCUGUUUUCACAGUAAUUUGGUUUGGGUUAUUGCUCAACAUUUUCAUCAAGCAAAGUUCAACCCCAUAUGAAAACAAAUAAACAUAUAUGUACAUUAUUAAGUAUAACUAGUGGAUAUGUACUCUUGCAUAAACUUCACUAGUCAUUCCGGACUUAGGACUAAAUAAGAAACCAUUGCAUUCCUUUAAUUGAAUCUAGUCAGGUAUGAAUUGCUAUGGAAAAUAUGUAGGAACUUAUAAGUAUUAUCAAGAGAUUUAAUUAUGAAUACCAGAUGAAAACAUUAAUGAAAUGUUUUACUCUGUCAAACUCUGAAGCUACAAUAAAGUUAUUGAACCAACUUCUCUGGUCCAAACAUAUCUCAUAUAGGUACUUAUAUUUAGUAGAAUAUUUAAGAUUGAGUGAAUAGAUGUACAUUUAUAUAAGAUUAUUCCACAUAUAUAUAUAUAUAUAUAUAUAUAUAUAUAUAUAUAUAUAUAUAUAUAUAUAUAUAUAUAUAUAUAUAUAUAUAUAUAUAUAGUAAUUGUGAAAGUGUACAAAAGAUUUGUUAGGUGUUGGCUUUAGUGGUGUUGUGUUAUUCUAUUGCAUUGUUGAAAUUCAGGGUAAAAAUAUUAUAUUGGUUGAGCACUGAAAAGCAACUAAUAGCUUUUUUCAGUAUAUUAUGGAGACAUGGAAACAUCUCUUGAGGUACAGACGCUUCUCAGCUUAUGAUGAUUUGACUUCCAAUUUUCAAACUUCACAAUUAUGCAAUAUCAGUAGAAUUAGAUAGAAUCUGUGCUUUGAAUUUUUAAUUUUGAUUAUUUUCAAUAUUUUAUCAUUGAGUAGGCUGUUUGUUACAUUAGUUUGCCCAUCUGUAGGUUGUGGCAAGUGUUCUUGGCACAUUUAUGGUGGGUUAGACUAGGCUAGGAUGUUUUGUAUAUGUAAAUUGAACUUACAAUAUUUUCAACUUACGAUGGGUGUCUCAGAAUAGAUUCACAUUGUAAGCCGAGGAGCAUCUGUAUGUAAUUGGUUCAGUUUGUUUUGCACCCAGUCAUUUUCCAUUAUUUAUUAUUUCUGAUGUGUUAUUAUACUUAAACUAUUAUCUAGCACAUUUCUUCAGCUUAGUAUGAAUUCAUGUGCUUCAUGUCUUCCACAAUUGUGAUAAUUCAUUUCAGUAAAUGCUGCUGCUUGAUUAAUGGUCUGCCAACAUUCUUGCAAGCUGAUUUUUCUCAUGUUCUCACAUUCCCAUUGAUACUUCUUUAGUUAAAGAAUAUGUACGAAAGUUCUUCACCCACCACUUGCUCUGAUAUAUUAUCCUCACAUUUCAUUCCUGAGAAAUACCUUAAGACCUCAAGGUAAAGGUGGAGUUUCAUCUUUGAAUUUAUGAAAACAAAGUCCAGUAGAUAUUACUCUUAAUAUGCCACUUUUUUGUUACUUUUUCUCAUCUAAAUAUCAGGAUUAAUUCAGAAUUUUGGCAUUUCACCCCUAGUGUCAUCAACUGUCUAUUUAAGUCAUUUUUUAUCAUUCUACCUACUCAGUAGCAAAGCUUGAAGGACAUGCUAAUUUUCUUUUAACAAACUGCAGGAUACACCUUACUAAUGAUGUAUGUACAAGAAAUACCUCAAAAAUGCAAAUUAUACCAACUGAUAUGUAAUAGAUAUUUAUGUCAGACAUACACAGCAUUUACAGGCACAUUUGUGACCAGAAGGGAAAGCAGUUUGAGAAGCUAAAAGUUUUUGUAAUUGCUUUUAAAUUGCUGGUUAUACAUAAAGAUAUUUUAUCCAGA